CAAAGAUAACCCCAAAACCCUAAUUCACCUUUCUUUUGUCCUCCAGCGAUAUAAACAAACUGUAACCCUAGUCUCCGUUUUCACCAGCAUCCAAAGCCCUCAAGGUUUUUUCUCUCUCAAUCACUUGCAAAUAGAAGCAGAGGUUAAAGAGACGGCGCCACCUCGCUGUCCGCCUUGACGGAGCAUCGGGCAUCGUCUUGGCCCUCGAUUUUGCCCUCUGUACAACUUUGUAUCUUUAAUCCUAACUCUUUCCCGAAAUGGCAGUGAAACCCUCCAAGGCCGACAAGAAAAUCGCGUACGACGCUAAGCUAUGCCAGCUCUUAGACGAGUACACCCAGAUCUUAAUCGUCGCAGCCGACAACGUGGGUUCGAACCAGCUCCAGAACAUUCGCAAAGGUCUGCGAGGUGACUCAGUUGUUCUCAUGGGUAAAAAUACUAUGAUGAAAAGGUCGAUUAGGAUGCAUGCAGAGAAGACUGGCAACCAGGCUUUCCUUAAUCUUAUCCCUUUGCUUCAGGGAAAUGUGGGUUUAAUCUUUACAAAGGGUGACUUGAAGGAAGUAAGUGAGGAAGUUGCCAAGUACAAGGUUGGAGCUCCUGCACGUGUUGGUCUUAUUGCGCCCAUUGAUGUGGUUGUUCCACCCGGCAACACUGGGCUUGAUCCUUCACAGACCUCUUUUUUCCAGGUGCUCAAUAUUCCAACCAAGAUUAAUAAGGGUACUGUUGAAAUUAUCACUCCUGUGGAGCUUAUCAAGAAGGGUGAUAAGGUUGGGUCAUCUGAGGCUGCACUUCUUGCCAAGCUUGGAAUUAGGCCCUUCUCAUAUGGUCUUAUUGUCCUGUCUGUUUAUGACAAUGGCUCAGUCUUUAGCCCUGAGGUGCUGGAUCUUACCGAGGAUGACCUGAUUGAGAAAUUUGCAUCUGGUGUCUCCAUGGUUACCGCACUGUCUCUUGCCAUCUCAUAUCCAACCCUUGCUGCUCUACCACAUAUGUUCAUCAAUGCCUACAAGAAUAUCUUGUCUGUGGCAGUUGCAACAGAGUAUUCUUUUCCUCAGGCUGAUAAAGUGAAGGAGUACCUGGCGGAUCCAAGUAAGUUUGCAGUUGCUGCUGCUCCAAUUGCUGCUGAUGCUGGUGCUGCACCUGCUGCUGCUCCUGCUGAGGAGGAGAAGAAACCAGAACCUGAAGAAGAGUCUGACGACGAUAUGGGAUUCAGUCUCUUUGACUAAGUUUGUUUUUAUUACUAUGAAGAUUUUUGGGUUAUAAGGCUAUCAGUUAAAGUAGUAUGCUUGGAUUAUUUCUCAUGGUUUCUUUUUUUGUGUAUUUUGAUUGCAUUCAAGCUCGGAUAAUUCAUAAGUUUAUGAAGUGUUAGUUUAUUGCCUUUUAUAUAGUACUUUA